GCACACUAAUCUUCGAAUUCGCGAAGACUGUAAGCUAACCUGCUAGUGUUUUGUCUGCCUGCAUCGUGUCGAGAAGUCGCAGCAUGCAAGCGGGAGACUGCCUGCGCUACUUCAGCCGAGACGUGCACCGAGUGCGUGGGCUACAUCAGAGCCAGAGUGGACAUAGACGACUCUCAUUUGGUCGCCUGGGCCUAGCUCCAAAGGGGGCACCAAGGGACCAUGGGCGUUUCCAACACAACCAACAGUGAAGUCGACUUUGAGCCCACGACGGGCCAAGCUACUGAGACUGGGGGCGACGAGUGCAUUGGGCACGGCUACGCUCUCUGCUUGUACUGGUGCUUGACUUGCUGGGCCACGGCACGGGUUGAGUGCACUUCCCAGAAACACGCUCUCAUCUUGCGCUUGUGCUCGACUUGCCGGGCCAUGGCGCGCGACCAGUGCAUGGACGAGGGUCACGUUCUUAGGUUGCGCUGGUGCUCGACUUGCGAGGGUAUGGCACGUGGCAUGUGCAUUGACCACGGCCACGCAUUGGGCUUGCGCUGGUGCUCAAAUUGCCGGGCCAUAGCGAGCGACCAGUGCACAACCCAGCGCCACGAUCUGGAGUUAAACUGGUGCUCGACUUGCCGGUUUAUGGCCCGCAACGAGUGCAGAGUCCAGGAUCACGCCCAAGAAAGAUUGGACGUGGACGCACUAGGGUUUGCCAAAUGGCUGCAGAGGAGGCAAAGCAUGGUCAUGCCUAUAGGCAAGCGCAGUCCAGCGGAGAACGGGUCGAGCGUUUACCAUGAUCUGCCAGAAACGAUCAACCGACUGCGUGGUUUGUCGCCUACUACAGAUACUUUCAUAACAGGCCAAGCCCCAUAUGCAGAGCCUAGUGCAGAACACGUAGGCCGCGCGAGGCACAGCAGUGAUACUACGGAUGCGCUCCUUUUUGCUCAACCAACAGAUACCGGGAUUGGGAAAUAUUCUGAAGAGUACAAUAUGUCCCAUCGUCGGCGUGGAAUUGCAGUCGUUUUAAACCAAAAGAGGGUUAGAAAACAUGCUACACGUUUUGGUACUGAGCUUGACGUGGACGAGCUUGUACAGACAUUUCUUGGUCUAGGCUUUGACAUUCAUAGUAUUUGUGUGCUCGAAGACCAACCAUUGAAGAGUAUUUUUGAUAUCCUAAAAAUAUUAAGGGAACACGACUUUUCUCAAGACGACUGCCUCUGCAUUACUAUCCUCAGCCAUGGUAACAACAGCGGAGUUUUGUUGGCGAAUGACUAUUCAUACAAUUUCAAGUCGAUGUGGAAGCAAUUUACUGCGGAUCGUUGUCCAUCACUGGCGGGAAAACCAAAACUAUUUUUUGUUCAAGCCUGUCGGGGGAAUCAAAAGGAUCCCGGAUCUACAGUUACAGACUCCACGUCAAACUCAGAUUAUAAAAUUCCAACACACGCAGACUUUUUGAUGGCUUACAGUACAGUCGAAGGAACCGUCUCGUGGCGUAACAAAAGUUUUGGCUCCUGGUUCAUUCAAUCCCUAUGUUCUGAGCUACAAAAGAAUAGCGGCAAGGAUGAUCUUUUGACAAUGCUUACCAAUGUAUCCCGUAACGUCGCAAUUGAAUACGAGUCGAUUUCUUCUCUUGAUGAUGAGCUGGGAUAUAAACAGGUGCCAUCAUUCUCCUCAACGCUAAUCAGAAGAAUAUACUUUCGUUACGAAAGCAAUGGAUCGGCCCUACUCGACUCCGGCUUGCAGGCUCCCCGGCGCCGCACUCCAUCCCACAGCCAGCACUGCAUCCCGCCAGGACCAGAGUCUGGAGCAGUGGUAGAGGUACAGCAUCUGCAGUCCCCCGGGCGCGGAUUACCAACAAAUCAGCUACCACUAGGGGCAGCUUCGGGAGGUCCUGUAAACCUGCCAUAUGGACUAAAUCGACCGUCACUUUCGGUCCAGCCACCGCUGGCUCGUCUGUCUUUGUCACGCACGCCGGGCAACCCAGAUGCCGAGCAAAUGCCUAUCAGUUUUGAGACGGGCGGGCCUCGGGCCAAUGAGGCUGAGGCCGGGUGGGCAUGCUCAGGCCCGAUCCGCUCGCUAGCCGAGCGGGCCUCCAGGCAUCUAAACCUGCCCACCAGCCUGCAGUGCCUGCAGUGGUGUGCCAGCGGGGCGUGCUUGAGCCUGAUAUUGUAUUUGCUCGCAAGUACAAUAUUACUCUUUAAAUAAUCAACAGUCGCUAAAAUAGCUAAAAACUACUAUUUCGAGUACCUUUCUGGGUAAUACUAUCUCCACAAAUAAAGCAAAGUUUUGAAAGUUGCUAUACGAGCAA